UGACCUGCCGUUGCCACAGUAACGGUUUGUUUCGCUCCAUCUUAACUGCGGUCUGUAAUAGAAGACUUCGAAACUGAAACACUUGGUGGGUUUCAGCCGCACGAAGCAAGUUCCUCCUUCCUGUACUGACUGACUGGAGAAGAUGUCUGUCCUGAACCUCAGUGCUCAGCAGGGCAGUAAACCCAAUCUAAUGAAUAUUGAGCUCAUGCUGAAUAACUCGGAGCUCUUCAGAGCACAGUGCAAGAGGCUGGUCGAAGAAACUGACAAAGCUUGCAAACGCAUGCAAGACGAUGACAAUAAGCGACUCGAUCAGCGGAUCAGAGACAUACAGUUUUUGAAGAAGGAGCUGGAGUUUAAGCUGGAGGAGAUUACUUUGGAGAUUGAUGUCCUUCUAGCAUUACAGAGCAGAGUGGUGAAUGCCCUGGAGGCGACCAAAGAGCCUCGGAGAGUCACUGUUCUCUGUCUGGAGGAGCGAACAAAACGUUUCCCUUCUGAGAAGCUGCAUGACGAUGUGGACAGAGAGCUGCUGAAGGAGAGGGAGCUUAUUGAGGGAGUGGCUUCUCUUCUGCAUCGUGUAGUAGAGCAGAUCACUGAGCAGAUACGACUAAACCGGUCUGCCAAGUACCGUUUAGAGAAAGAUCUGAAGGAGAAAUUUGAGGCCCAGUGCAUCGACAACUCCUGUGUAUUAAUGACCACCCAUUCUGUCAACAACCUGCAGAAGUCCAAAAACACAAACGCUGUUCUGCCGAGUUUGGCAGUGACUCCAGAGUUCUGGGAGAACAUCUCAGACAUAAACAUUGCAAAGGCGGAGCACCAGAAGGCCAACUCUCUGUCUCUGAAGGCCCUGGUGGAGUCUGUCCUGGAGCAGACGGCUGCUGACAUGCAGAAGCAGGUCCAGGCUACGACAGCAGCCUUUCAGCUCAACAUCCAGGAAGUCAAGAAUGCCAAGAGCCAGAUGGAGGAUAAACUGCCGAAGAUUCUGUCUGAGAUUAGCAGCCAGCAGAGGAUCAGAGAGGACCUCCAAGUGGCCAUCACAGAGAAUGAGCAAUGUCUGAGUUUGGCUCAGGCCCGGCUGGCAUUGCGCUGCCAGAGGCCUGGCAAAGAACAAUGCUACGAUCCAGCACAGUCCCAGCUCCUCGCUGAGGUCCAGCAGCUCACUGCUAACAUCGACAGGCUUUGUGGUGAGGUGGUCCAGUCUGAGGAGGAGCAGAGAGCUCUGGUCUACUGCCAGCUGCAGCUGCAGGAACACAUCGAUGUCAAGACCAACACUCUCUACAUUGAUGAGGUCAUCUGCUGUCAGCACAGGGAGCCCAUCAUCAUACGCAACUUCUGAGCAGUCAGCAGCACUAAGUCUACAUGUACGCAGUAUUUAUUUUAAAACGCAGUCAUAUAAAAUUUACUUUGAAAAAUCUA